AUGAAAAAACGAAUCGCGCCGGAGAAAGCGAUUUUGUUCACGAAACUCAGCGUUGCUCUGACGUGUUCUUGGCCACCUUCUCCCUUGGCCACCAAAACUCAACUUCUGUUAUUUAACGCAUUAUGGUGUACGACGUUUGUUAGCUCCGUAACGCUAUUUUUACCAUUGAUGGCCGCGAUUUACGAAUACCGGAAACAUCCUAUCGUUCUUGGAAAAACCGUGAGUCUUGCGUCGGCUGUUGCACAAGUGGUGAUCAAGAUGAUGAUAUGUCGAUGGCAGCAAAAACGUUUUCAGGUGCGUCGUGAUCCAUUCAAUUGUGCACGAAGCUUAGAUAAAAUACUUAAAUUUUUGAAUUUAAAUAUCUUAUCUAAAAUGAUUUUGAACUUGGUUUUACCUAGUUUUUUUUAUUGUUCUGUGAACAAUGACAGUUCACAAUGUACUAAAAUAUUCUAAAAAAAAAAAAAAAAUCGUCAAAAUCUAUGAAUUUCAUAUAUAGAACUGUACCAAAUCUUCAUAA